CGUCAAGCGUCAGUCGACUGCAGCCAGCUGAGGCGACGACAACACAACACAAUCCAAGACAAGAUGCAGCUAGCUUAUAGAGAACUGGAUGCGGAUAUUGUGAAACGCACAAAUGCCAUAUUCCCGGCACAGGAUUGCUUUGUCGAAGUGCUGCCCGAUCGUCUGAUUAUCCCAAGGAAGUACGUCGAGUUGGGUGAAUCGAUACGCCAGCUGCCCAUCUAUGAGGAUGAUGUGUGGAUGAUCUCGUAUCCACGCACUGGGUCCACUUGGGCACAGGAAAUGGUCUGGUUGUUGGGUAAUCAGUUGGACUAUGAGGCUGCCAAGCAGCAACUGUCACAACGUUCGCCCAUGAUUGAGUUAUCAGCGUUGUUCAGCACGGAUCAUCAUAAAUGGGUGUCCGAUGCACUUGGCAAUACAGUUGAAUUGGUGCGUAAUUCGCCACGUCCUCGCUUUGCGCGCUCACAUCUCUCCUGGCAACUGCUGCCACAGCAAUUUGAGAGCGUCAAGCCCAAAAUUGUGUAUACGGCACGUAAUCCCAAGGAUUUGUGUGUCUCCUACUAUCACUACUGCAAACUCUUGCAUGGCAUCAAUGGGGAUUUCGAUCAGUUCGUGGAACUCUUUUUGGGCGGUCAUACGCCCAUGGGCUCCUAUUGGAAGCAUGUGCUGCCCUUCUGGAAGCGCAGCUACGAUGACAACGUGUUGUUCAUCAAGUACGAGGAUAUGAUUAAAGAUCUGCCUGCUGUGGUGCGACGCUGUGCGCAAUUCUUGAACGUUGCGCAGCUGCUCAACGAAGAUUCACUGAAACGCAUUUGUGAUCAUCUGCAGUUUGACAGCAUGCGUGGCAAUGCGGCCCUCAAUCUGGAGAAGAUUCUGCCGCAGCCUGGCACGAAAUUCAUACGCAAUGGCAAAAUUGGCGAUUGGCGCAAUCACAUGACCGACGAAAUGUCCGCUCGAUUCGAUGCCUGGAGCGAGGAGCAUUUGCGUGGCAGCGGCUUAACAUUUGAUUACGAUUAA